AUGCUGCUAGCUGGGAGAAAUCAGAGUGCUGAAGCCAUAUUCACCCUCUUGGGCUUCUCAGAAUAUCCAGACCUUCAGGUGCCCCUGUUCCUGGCAUUCUUGACCACCUAUACAGUCACCGUGGUGGGGAACCUCAGCAUGAUCAUGAUCAUCAGGAUCAGUCCUAAACUCCAAAUCCCCAUGUAUUUUUUUCUCAGCCAUUUGUCCUUUGUUGAUUUCUGUUAUUCCACUACAGUUACACCCAAACUCUUGGAGAACUUGGUUGUGGAAGACAGAACCAUUUCUUUCAUAGGAUGCAUCAUGCAAUUCUUCUUGACUUGCAUAUUCGCAGUGGCAGAAACAUUCAUGUUGGCAGUGAUGGCAUAUGACCGCUUUGUGGCCAUCUGUAAUCCUCUGCUUUAUACAGUGGUCAUGUCACAAAGGCUCUGUGCCCUGCUGGUGGCUGGGUCAUAUCUCUGGGGUAUGGUUGGCCCCUUGGUACUCCUUUGUUAUGCUUUUCAGUUAAACUUUUCUGGACAUAACAUAAUCAACCACUUUUUCUGUGAAUACACUGCUCUCAUUGCUGUCUCGAGCUCUGAUAUAUACAUUCCCCACCUACUGCUCCUUGGUUUUGCCACCUUCAAUGAGGUGAGUACACUACUCAUCAUUCUUGCUUCAUACGUAUUUAUUUCUGUGACUGUAUUAAACAUUCAUUCUGCCAGUGGGCGUCGCAAAGCCUUCUCCACCUGUGCCUCCCACCUGACCACCAUCACCAUCUUCCACGCGACCAUCCUUUCCCUCUACUGUGUGCCCAACUCCAAAAACUCUCGGCAAACUGUCAAAGUGGCCUCUGUGUUUUACACAAUGGUCAACCCCUUGUUGAAUCCUCUGAUCUAUAGCCUGAGGAAUAAAGAUGUGAAGGAUGCCUUCCAGAAAUUAACAGACACAAAAGCCCUAUGUUACUGA